AUGUCAUGCCGCCACUCGGACUCGAACCGAGAUACUCAUACUCCUCCAGGGGGACGAUUGGGACGCGGGCAUAAGGGUCUUUAUGAUACAAUCAACAAUUCGAUUCAUUUUCAAUUAGGACUUGCCUUAGCCUCUUUAGGUGUUAUAACUUCCUUGGUAGCCCAACACAUGUAUUCUUUACCUGCUUAUGCGUUCAUAGCACAAGACUUUACGACUCAAGCUGCGUUAUAUACGCAUCAUCAAUACAUUGCAGGGUUCAUUAUGACAGGAGCUUUUGCUCAUGGAGCUAUAUUUUUCAUUAGAGAUUACAAUCCGGAACAGAAUAAAGAUAAUGUAUUGGCAAGAAUGUUAGACCAUAAAGAAGCUAUCAUAUCCCAUUUAAGUUGGGCCAGUCUCUUUUUAGGGUUCCAUACUUUGGGUCAUUAUGUUCAUAAUGAUGUCAUGCUUGCUUUUGGUACUCCAGAAAAACAAAUUUUGAUCGAACCCAUAUUUGCUCAAUGGAUACAAUCCGCUCAUGGUAAAACUUCGUAUGGGUUCGAUGUACUUUUAUCCGCAACAAGCGGCCCGGCAUUCAAUGCUGGUCGAAGUAUAUGGUUGCCUGGCUGGUUAAAUGCUGUUAAUGAGAAUAGUAAAUAA